CCAGCCUUUUCUCAUGGAUCUGAUCUCGGCCUGCGAACGGACCGUGACUCCCGUCGGCCUGGAGACCAUCGUGGCGGACCUGGUCUCCGCGUCGCCCAACGCCACUGCGGCGGGGUCCCCCGCCGUCUCCGUGGCAACCAGGACCCUGAUCCUGCUCGCCUGCCUGCUGCUGGCGGCGUGGAAGCGGGCGGACAAGAAGGAGACUGUGCCCGGGCCUUGUUUCUGCCUGGGCUUGGGCCCGCUCCUGUCGUACGUGAGAUUCAUUUGGACCGGUUUGGGCACCGCCAGCAACUACUACAACAACAAGUACGGAGACAUCGUGAGGGUGUGGAUCGACGGAGAGGAGACGCUCAUACUCAGCAGGGCGUCGGCCGUGCACCACGUGCUGAAGAACGGGCAUUACACUUCACGCUUUGGCAGCAGGCGAGGACUCAGCUGCAUGGGCAUGAACGAGAGAGGCAUCAUAUUUAACAACAACGUGACUCUGUGGAAAAAGAUACGCACGUACUACACCAAAGCCCUGACAGGUCCGGGCUUGCAGCAGACGGUGGAGGUCAGCGUCUCCUCCAGCCAGAAGCACCUGGACGACCUGGGCGGUUUGGGCCGCGUGGACGUCCUCAGCUUGCUCCGCUGCACCGUGGUCGACAUCUCCAACCGGCUGUUCCUGGGCGUGCCUUUCGAUGAAAAGAAAAUGCUGCUGAAGAUCCACAAGUAUUUUGACACGUGGCAGACGGUGCUGAUUAAGCCAGACGUCUACUUUAAAUUGGGGUGGAUUCAUCGAAGGCACAAGAGGGCGGCCCAGGAGCUGCAGGACGCCAUCGAGAGCCUGGUGGAGCAGAAGAGGCGAGACGUGGAGCAGGCGGAGAAACUGGACAACAUCAACUUCACCGCAGAGCUCAUAUUUGCGCAGAACCACGGGGAGCUGUCUGCGGAGAACGUGAGGCAGUGCGUGUUGGAGAUGGUGAUCGCAGCGCCGGACACUCUGUCCGUCAGCCUCUUCUUCAUGCUGCUGCUCCUCAAACAGAAUCCAGAUGUGGAGUUCAAGCUGCUCCGUGAGAUAGACACCGUCUUAGGCGACGGGCCGCUCCGGAACGGGGACCUGCAGAGGUUACAGGUGCUGGAGUGCUUCAUCAACGAGUGCCUGCGCUUCCACCCCGUGGUGGACUUCACCAUGCGCCGAGCCCUGUCCGACGACGUCAUAGACGGCUACAGGGUGCCCAAGGGCACAAAUAUCAUCCUGAACACCGGCCGCAUGCACAGGACAGAGUUUUUCCUCAAACCCGAUGAGUUCAGUCUGGAAAACUUUGAAAAAAAUGCUCCUCGCCGGUACUUCCAGCCGUUCGGUUCGGGCCCCCGCGCCUGUGUCGGCAAGCACAUCGCCAUGGUGAUGAUGAAGUCCAUCCUGGUCACGCUGCUGUCCCAGUACUCGGUUUGCCCCCACGAGGGCUUGACCCUGGACGGCCUCCCGCAGACCAACAACCUCUCCCAGCAGCCCGUGGAGCAGCAGCAGGAGAGCGAACACCUCAGCAUGACAUUCUUACCCAGACAGAGAGGAAGCUGGCCAGAUGCCUGAGACGUGGAAAUCUCACACCAGUGUACAGAGAUAUGUUUUAUACUUUUGUUACGUAUUAAAUGCGCGUAUUUCUAGGUGAACUUUUAUGUAUGUUUGUGAUUUUAGAACAUGCAAAUACCCAAGUAAAUGUAAAUUAUUGUGCCGAUAGUACGUGAUGUUGUCUUCUUUUUUUAAAUGUGAUUACAAAGCCCACACGCUGUUUGUAUAUUACGCAUACAGGCACAUACUGCAAAUAAUCACCAGCCCCUGUAUACUCUAAGGAUUCAUUUAUUUUUUUGCACUAUACAGAAUACCCAACUUGUAAAUAGAUGUUUUUUUUAUUAUUAUUACUUUGUAUUUAUAGGCCUAUUUAUAUAAUAUAUAUGUGAACACCUAAUAUUUUCUCCGCUGUGUUUUUAAAUAACAGUUCUGUCUUUUGUUUGACUUUAUUUGUCUUUCUUUUUUGCCCUUGUUUUUAGCUGUUAUUCUAUUUCUGUGUAAAUACAUUAAAAAAGAAGAUGAA